CUACUGUACCUCUAACGACGUCUCCUACCGUUACUAGCCUCUGCACGAAGCGGCCAUAUUGACUAUGAAUAUUACCGGAAACAAUGGAGUAGUUUGAAUACGACAUCGAUAUAUUAGGCGAUCGAUAAUAUUUCACAAACUUCCAUCCAAAAUUUGUCGUGCGAAUUUUUGCGCAGCUAGGAUAACACGAUCACAAAUUUAAAUAUCAAAUUGAAUGAAGGCAUGAUGUUAAUACUCCCAAGAUCCAGUUCGCCGUUCGUUUCGAAAAAUCAAGAAGAUAUAGCAUGGAAUAAUCACAUACACACCAAUUUCGCUUGCUUUGUCUUGCUUCGUUGUCCUGACAACGUUGCGGCUGCGAUCGAAACGCUUCUUAUCAGCGUACUUGUGGAACACUUCUUCUCUUGCUUUUUAUCAGCUUCAUUUUCAUUUUUCUUUUGCCAAACGAAUCGGCAUGGCCAAAUUCGUGAGUACUUAUGAGAAGCCUCUACCUCAUAUCGGCCUGCCGGAUUGGUACGCCAAGCAAUGGGAGCUGCGACGAAGCGCGGACAUUAGACGAGUCGAGGCCUGUCAACUACGGAAUUCAGGCAAAAGUGUGCGUUCCGAGGGGAACGUGACAACGAAAUGGGACACUUUAAUAAAUAAUACUCGAUUGAUGGACAGAAUGACAGAAUUAUCGAGAUGGAAAGACACGCUGGCGGACUUGUUACAAAAGUUAUUAAUCGAAACACGCAUGCUAAGCGAUGAGAAGGCCGAUACGGAGAAGGAAAUUGAAAGCAUAGACCAUCCCCUGCGAAUUGUCAGCGAGUGUAUUUCGAUAAGGGACUGCCGUAGAGGAACCGAGCUCACGUAUGACGAGACUGAUGUCGAGCUGAAGAAGGAGCUCUGCGCGAUCGCCAAUGUUAAAGAAACGUUCACCAACAGAGCACAGGCCGCGUGGGAAAAGUUAAAUCACUUGGAGGACGUGAAAUUUAAGCUGAGCUUAGAUAUAGAGGAUAAAAAUGAAACUAUUAGAAUAGAUAAGGAAAACCUCGAAUUGAAUGAGACUUGUGCAAACAUAAGCUACAAGCCGAGAACGUCAAUUACCGAAAAAACGGAUUCUAUUACGUACGAAACUUGGUUGGACCGAUGUCAACGUUUAAAAAUGUUAGCCGACAAGGAACUGAGUGACGGUUACACUUUUCGCGAAGCUAUGCGCGUAAUGAAGGAAUGUGCGCGAAAUGAUAUCAAAGCUCAACAAGAUGCGACGGAUUAUACUUUGAGAAAGAGGAUUUAUCAAACACAAAAAGCCAGGAAUGAAAUGGAAUGGCAGAAGCUCAAGGUACAGAAGGAAAUGGAAAUGUUAGGAAAAGAAAUAAUCGAGUUGGAAAGAACAUUGAUGAAUAAAACAAAGGUGGUAAAAUGCGUCGAAACACGAUUAGAAAAUCGCGCGUAUCGGCUUGGCUCGGAACUUUGUACGGAUGAAGUUGAAUUAGGAUUGAAGAACGAAGUUCUGCAAUUAAAACAGACUAAGAAGGAUUUGAUUCAGACUAUCGAACAUGCAAAAGCGAGCUACAAUAGUUUGGAAUCUUUGCUCAUACGUAUCGACAAGAAUCUGGAUGAUAAACAGCACUCUCUAAACACUGAUGUUAUGUGUUUAGACACGAGAUCAAUGCUAAAGACAGGGGACAAAUCAGGUUUGCCUAAUGAGACAAACCGUAAUAUUGUGUUAACACGCAUGGAGAAAGAAAUUCCGCUAGAAUCUUAAUUUGGUUGUUUUAUCUGUCUGUAUUUCACUCCCAAUUUCUUUUUUAAAAUACGGUAACUUUGUAGAAAGCUUUAUCAUACUUAAUAUUUUUAGAUUUUGUAAUAUUGUCAAUUUUUUAUCUUUAUAAACAGAUAUUUAUAAUAUACAAAAAAGUGAAUGUAUUUGAUUAAAGUUAUAUUAAGACAAAGAGGCAUUAAUCUAAAUUCAAGCAGUUGUAAACUACCUGUGAUAGAAAUAAUUUUUGGUUCAGAAAUAAUACUCGAUAAGCUGUACAUUUUGUUUCUCUGACACUCAGCAGACAUAAAUGUAAUAUACAGCUCGCUGUAUAUAUAUGUUUUUCUCUCUUUUUAAUCUUCUUUUACAAAUUUUAUAUAUGUACAAAAUGCACAUUUUUUUUAUAAUAGAAAUACCUUUUC